AUGGCCUCGCCGUUCGCUUCGGCGCCAAGCCACUUCCAGUACACGUCGGCGGGGCAGGCCCAACACGUCCACGCCCUCGCGGCGCUGCAGCAACAGCAGCAGCAGCAGCAGCACCAGCACCAGCAGCAGCAGCAGCAGCAGCUGCAGCUGGUCGGGGAGAUGGCGCUCCCGGCGCAGCAGCAGGGCAGCGGCGGCGGCGGCGGCGGCGGCGCGGAGGUGUCCGGCCAGCGCCGGCAGCCGCCCGCGCGGCGGUCCACCUUCACGGCUCCGGCUUCAGGUCCAGGUACCUACGGUUGCAUCCCUAUGCAGCAGCAGCAGCAGCAGCAGCAGCAGCAGCAGCAGCAGCAGCAGCAGCAGCAGCAGCAGCAGCAGCAGCAACCGGCACUCACCGCACUGCAGCAGCAGGCGAUGCUGCAGCAGCAACAGCAGCAGCAGCAGCAGCAGCAGCAGCGGCAAAGUCGGGGCCCUCCGUCCCCCUUGCCGACUGAGCAGCCGCCGCUGCCCCUGCCCAGCCAGCAGAAGCAGCACCACCAGCAACAGCACCUGCACCACCACUACCAGCAGCAGCAGCAGAACCAGCACCCCCAUCAGCUGCAGCAGCAGUACUCGUCCAGCUUCCCACGCGUGCACAGCUUGGACAGACACUUCAAAAAGCACCAGAACGGGCGCAGCCGCGCACAGCAGCGGCAGGACGCAAUCUCUGCCGCCGCGGCCGCCGCCGCAGCAGCCGGCUACCCGGGCUAUGCGUCCCCCCAGCACGGCGGCGCCGCGCCCGCCGUCGUGCCGCUGUCCGCGCAGCAGUUUGCGGACGGGCUCAGCGCGGGUGCGAGCGUCUCGGCGGCGGGCGCGUUUUCGAGCGGCCGCAACCUGCGGGCCAGCUGCGGGAGCAACCUUGGCUUGGGGGACCCUAUGGACGCGUAUGUGGGCACGUUUGGGGUGGGCGGUGCCGCCCCGCAACCCAGCGAGGUCAGCGCCACGCGGCAGAUGCGCCUGCGGCAGGCCGUCGCGGCGGCCGCGCAGCAGCAGCAGCAGCAGCAGCAGCAGCAGCAGCAGCAGCAGCAGGGCGGCGCGGGCGGGGCCAGCGGCGGCGGCGGGCAGCAUUCCCACUCGCAGCGGCUGCAGCGGCAGAAGCAGAAGAAGCAGCUGCUCCACGCUGAGCUGGCGAAGGCGGCGUCUGCGGCCAGCGUGCACAGCAGCGGUCACCACUUGGUGUUUGACCAGGCCGCCGCGUGGCACGCGGUGCCGUCUGGCGGCGGCGCGGCCGGCGCCGGCGGGGCCCACUCGCCAGAGGGAGUCUUCGGGGCGGCGCUCCCGCUGCGGUCGCGGCGCGGGGCCGGCGGGCCGACCUGA